UUCUUCCGUGCAACACCGGUCAUCAUGGCUAUCUGCAGCUUCUUCCUGCAGGGUCGCUGUAAGUUUGGAGACAAAUGUUGGAACGAACAUCCGAGAGACGGAAGGCACCAUGGACAGAACCGGCACCAAGGGCAGGCCUCAGCUGCAUCAUCAAGUUGGAAUUCAUCAGGUCCGCGAUACGUGCAGCCUUCUAACUUCUCCAAAAACCUCACAUGGACCAAUAGGGACAACGACAGAAGUUCUUCUUGGUCUGGAUCUGGUGAUAAUAGAGACAGAAGCUCGAAAUCAAAUGCACCUUCAGGAUUCUUCUCAUCCCAGAACAGAUUUAAUGCAUUGGCUAACCAGGAUCAUGCCAGAGACACCGGCCAGGACAAGGAAGGAAGCCUCCUAGCUGAUAUCAUACAUGAUUUGGAGGCGUGGGAGUCUUCGGGGCAAUGGGCUUACUCCGUUUAUUGUGUCUUAAAGGAGCAGAGCCACUUAUCAGGUUUUACUGACAUCUCACCCGAAGAGCUGCGCCUGGAAUUUUAUACAUCUCACAAAGAAGGCCAUUUACAAAACUAUGUGAAUUCGGCACAACAGCUAAUCAACCAGUGGAAACAUAGGGUACAUGAAAUUAAGAACUGGAACUCCUCUCACUCGGCACUGCUUAAUCAACUCACAAAACCCCCUAGUGCUGCGGCACCAUCAUCAUUUGGGGGUCCGCAGCAGUCUGGAUCGUUUGGAGGUCCACAGCAGUCUGGAUCAUUUGGAGGUCCACAACAGUCUGGUUUUGGGACAUCAAGCACUCCAGCUACGAAAACGGCUACAGCGGCAACCUUCAGUUUUAAGCUAGACUCCCAUACUGCUGCUCCCACUGCUGGGGCCAGCUCCACUUUUUCCAGUGCUCCUGGAUUCGGUAGUAAGCCUUCAUCUGGAUUUGGCAAUGUAGGAACUGCAUCCGCAUCCUCAUUUUCUUUUGCACCAACAACUACUGCAGUUGGAACAGCCUCAACCUUCUCAGGUUUUGCUUCAGCUGCUCCUGGCAUGGGUUCAUCUGGUUUUGGGUCAGCAGUGCCCUCUAGUUUUGGAGGAACAGCAGUGACUAGCAGCUUUGGAAGUGGAAGUGCAGUAUCAACGUUUGGUGGAGGGAUCUCUAGUGCUUCCGGCUUUGGAGGACUUGCAAGUUCUACAGGGACAUCUGGCUUUGGGGCAGGGACUACAGGAACCAGCAGUCUUUCUACACCAAGGACAUCGACAUUUGGCCAAGGAGUCCCAGUAAGCAGUGCAUCAAAUGCUGGUGGUUCCUCUGCAGCUGAUGUCAUGUUGUCCAGUGCCUUGUUUACUCCUCGAAAUGAACUCUCACAAGAAGACCUCCUGCAGUUUGAAGCUAAGAUUUUUACUCUAGGAAAAGUCCCUUUGGUGCCCCCACCAGUAGAUCUCCUAACUUUAAAAUAAAUCUUAUAUAACACUACUGACAAUUUCCUUGUCAUAAAUUGUAUAUAACUAUAAAUAGAUGUAUAGGGAUCCUACUGUCAUUUAUGGAAUUUUCUAUUAAAGGUAUUUUUAUAAAAUUCUUCCCUUUUUACA